AAAUACUGUGCAGCAAAGACCCUGUACAUUUCGGACUCGGACAAGAGAAAGCACUUCAUGUUGACGGUGAAGAUGUUCUAUGGCAACGGGCAGGACAUUGGUGUCUUUCAAAGUAAAAGAAUCAAAGUGAUUUCCAAACCCUCCAAAAAGAAGCAGUCUUUGAAAAAUGCUGAUUUGUGUAUAGCAUCUGGGACAAAAGUGGCGCUGUUCAACAGGUUACGCUCCCAGACGGUCAGCACACGCUACCUCCAUGUUGAAAAUGGCAACUUCCACGCUAGCUCCACCCAGUGGGGGGCGUUCACCAUCCACUUAUUGGACGACGAUGAAGGAGAAUCUGAGGAGUUCACGGUCAAGGAUGGAUACAUUCACUAUGGCUCCACGGUCAAACUUGUUUGUUCAGUCACUGGCAUGGCAUUACCCAGACUGAUAAUCCGCAAGGUGGACAAGCAGACGUCGCUGUUGGAUGCGGACGACCCGGUGUCACAGCUGCACAAGUGUGCGUUCUACCUCAAGGACACGGAACGGAUGUACCUCUGCCUGUCUCAGGAAAGGAUAAUUCAGUUCCAGGCCACCCCGUGUCCCAAAGAAGCCAAGCGUGAGAUGAUCAACGAUGGGGCCUCCUGGACCAUCAUCAGCACAGACAAGGCCGAGUACACCUUCUACGAGGGCAUGGGCCCAGUCAACAAACCCGUCACGCCUGUGCCGGUGGUCAACUCUCUCAAUCUGAACGGAGGAGGCGAUGUGGCCAUGUUGGAACUGAACAGUGAAAACUUCACAGCCGCCCUCAAAGUUUGGUUUGGUGAAGUGGAGGCUGAGACCAUGUACAGGUGUGAUGAUAGCAUGCUGUGCGUGGUGCCCGAUAUAUCUGCAUUCCGCACUGGUGGGGGGAGAUGGGUACGGCAACCGCUGCAGGUUCCCGUUUCCCUGGUCCGCUGUGAUGGCGUCAUCUACUCGACGGGCCUCAUCUUCACGUACACGCCCGAGCCCGGGCCCCAGCAGCACUGCCGAGAGGUGGACCGCAUCCUGGGCCGGGCGCCCGCCAGCCCCGACUCCACGUCCAACACGCUACACGCCGCCUUGUGAUACUGGGAGUGGGGGGCCGGUGGUGGGGGAACACCACCCUCCUCACCCUCACCAUCACCUUAAACAACCCCCCCACCCUCCUCCUCCUCCCCGGAUCUCCGCCUCCCUACCCCCACCCCCACUCGCUCCGGUACCUUCUGACUCUGAUAUAGUGCCGAGUGCGGAUGGUUCGGGAUGAAGGAAUAUUGCGGCACUUGUAUGGCCUGAUUGUGUUGCAAGUGCUGUUAAACUCGUACGAAAACUUAAAAGAACGAAGUAAUGAUUUCUUCUGAAGGCAUUCUUUCCUUUUCAAGUAGCCGGUGCGGAGAAUUCUGUGUAGGAAAGGAAUGUGUUUCAACUGGAGCCGAUGUUAUCCUCUCAAGCACCGAGAACAGAGGAUUCCAUUUGUUGAGAAAAAAAGAGAAGAAAACAAAACAGACUGUUUUUAACAAGAGGCGACAUUUCUUGUUCAAGCUUUGAGUAAAGAGUAUUCUGUUGCGGAAGAAAGGUAUUUCUUUUGUGUAGGCGAUUUGUGAUAGAUUUUGAUUUAUUCUAAGACUUCUAUGUCGAGAAACUUGUAUUCCACAAAACGUUUUUUUAGUUGGAGAACAAAAAGAUUUUUUAAAAAACAAACCCUCCAAAAAUCCCACUAGGAACCCGAAGAACAGUAGAGAUUUUGUUGUUGCUAUCACAAGGAAAUUGGUAACUGUUUGCCCCUGCUGUACAAGGUGAGGAAAAAAUUAAUAAGCAUUAAAUGUUCUCUCUAAUCUUGAAACAACAGCGUUGUCCCUAAGGGACCAGAUUAAAGGUGAACUGAUAAUGAUAAAAAUGGGGGAAGAUUUAACAAGGAGGUUGCUGCUGUUUCUAAGAACUGAAGGCGGGGGGGGGGGGUGUCUCCAUAAUGUGGAAUACAGAUUUUUAUUUAACCAGGACUUUUGAGACGAGUGAGAGAAAAUAUUUCUUUUCUUCCAGAGAUGUUGGUGGCGCUAAGAAAAGAUAUGAGGGACAUACCAGGUUUUUGAGUGAGGGUAGUGUCUAAGUGUAUGAAUUAAAGAAAGAUUAGUGAGCAUGUUUAUGUGUGUGAGAGAGGAAGAUCGACGUACAAAAGAGAGAGAUGGAUGAAUGUAUAUUAUGUCUGAUGGCUCAGAAUUUGAUUGUGAAAGAGUUGUAUGCAAGAGAGAAAGAUAUGAGUGAAUGAUAUGAGGGGACUAUUUAGGAGAUGAAGAAUUUCCCCCCCCAAAAAACCUGAACUUGACUCUGCUAAACAGAUGGUUAUUUCCAGACUGACACCACUACUAAGAUGUGGAGAAGUUGCUGUUGAUGUGUUGGAAAAUAUCUUUCGAUGUAUGUGAGAAGUUCAUCUAUCAGUACAAUGGAAAUGUAUCGUCGAGUGGUGCGAGUAUCUCUCUCUGUUGAUAUGAGGAAAUAUAGGGCAAAGAUAUAUGGGAAACACGUGUGUCGGUACGUUGCAAAUAUCUCUAUUGAUACUUGUGGGGGGGGGGGAUAUCAGUAUCGAUAUGUGGAAAGUAUCCACACAGUGGUCCUGUCAAUACUGAGAGGUGGGCAACGGUUCGGGCUCUCCGGUUCUGCUGCGCUUCGAUUGGCUACCAAUGUUGACUCUUGUCUGUAUUAUGUUCUCAUUACUGCUGAUGCUACUGUUGGUUUAUUUACAGUUUUGUUUUCCUUAUACUGUUCUUUCAGAUGUGUUGUUAUUAUAAUAAUUUUUGCAAUAGUCUGAUGCAAGCUGCAGCAAUAUUAUAUCAUAUAUAUAUACACACGUACAUGACAUGUUUAUGGGGCGAUUUUUGUCUUCUUUUGGGGUGGAUGGGAAUGGUGUUUGUUUUUGUUGUGUGUGUUUUUUUAAUUUUUUUUAGUUCCUGUAUGUUUACUGGCUGUAAUGUCCAUUUGAGCUUUGAUGUGUGGAUUAUUAUUCUUUGUCUAUGAAUGUAAUUAUUUUUGGUAAAGUGAGUAUGUUAGAAUGGAAA